AUGCGACAUGAGCCAAACAAAGCAAUCAUUUUUCGGUCCGAAAACUUCCUUCAACUCUCGCCACUUUCUACUGAUAUUCUACGCAUCACCGAGGAGAAAGGUGAAAUGAAAAUAGCGUACUUUAUCAAAGUCGAGUGUGACGAGCAUUACUAUGGACCAGAGUGUGCUAUUUAUUGCAAUCCAAGCAUCGGAAAGUGUCGCAGUGGAUGGCAAGGUAGUAACUGCAAUAUCUGCAAAGUGCAGGAAGGCUGUAAGCAUGGAUACUGCAACAAAGCGAACGAAUGUAUUUGCGAAAAAAACUGGGGUGGCACGUACUGUGACAGAGAUCUAGAUUAUUGCUUUCAUAACUCACCAUGCCUCAAUGGCGGGAAGUGCUCAAGCGGUGGCCUACAAAAUUAUUACUAUUGCACCUGUGUGAGUGGCUUUAUUGGACGAAACUGUGAAACCAAGAUCGAUCCGUGCGUUAAUGUGAACUGCGGUAGGUUUGGGACGUGUAUUCCAUCUUGGGGAAGCGGCCGCGGCUUUAUAUGUCAGUGCGAUGCUGCUCAUUAUGGUGACCAUUGCCAGUUCUCCGUGCAUCAAAACAAUACAGUCCAAAAAGGUGCCGAAUUAUCGAAAUAUUUUUAA